GCGGACUUCGUGUCCAAGUACAUUGUACGUACAGCGUAGUUUUAGCCUAUGAAGUACGUACAGCGUAGAGCCUAUGAGUAUGAGGCUAUUUUGCGGGGAAGAAGGAGAGGACUUUGCGACGAUCAACUCCCUCUUUGCUUCUUUACUUGUCCAGGCUGCGAUUGUUGCUCUUACCGCCGUACUUUUGCAUCUACUAUUUAGUGCAAUGGUCUACGAAGCACCUAGUAGUUGAGUGUCACACGGGCCAUUUCAAGCAUGGCUACCGGAAUGUGGAAUGAAUGGAAACAACAGCGGCGACAGCAGCCGCAGAGAUGUGCGUAUCUUUCAUUAUCGUACGCAUCGUUGCUGGAAUGGUUGUUGUUGUUGCUUGCGACUUCGGUUCUGGCCUCAACGAGCUCAGCCAGUCGGACUGUAUCGCUUCAUUCAAAAGAAUCAGAUUCCAAGCACGCAAUCCCUGGUGUUCAUGCAGAUCGACCUCAGAUAGGCGCGCCAAGCCUGAGAAAUAUACCUCUGCUUCAGCCACAAUUCUUCGAGCAGCGAGUCGACCACUACAACACCAGCGACCUGCGCACCUUCAAUCAGAAAUUCUUCGUCUACGACGCCUACAAAUCGAAAUCGGACGGCGCUUCGCUCCUGUUCUACUGCGGGCCGGAGACGACCGAACUGUCUUCGUACACUGCCACCAACCUCAGCCUAGCCUACUUUGCACAGACCCUGGGAGCCGUCGUCGUGUCGGCGGAACACAGAUAUUUCGGCGUUAGCUUGCCGUUCGGCAAUCGGUCGUUCGCACAGCCGUACAUUCAGUACCUGGCCAUUGAACAGACCCUGGCGGAUUACGCGGCAAUCAUACAGCACGUCAAGGAUAGCAUUCCGGGACUGGGUGCGAGUAAGGUGAUCUCGUUCGGUGGCAGCUACGGAGGUCACUUGUCCAUGCUGAUGCGAGUGCACCAUCCCGACAUCGUCACGGGGAGUAUAGCCUCGGCCGCGGCAACUUGCACAUUCGGCAAUAUUCCCGACAGCACCUGGUAUGACCUGGUUUCAGAGACGUAUGAACAGACGGUCGUAUCCAUUGGCGAUGACCGUAUAGAGUGUAGCAGAGAGAUCCAAUACACCUUUGACCAUCUGUGGGCUUGUAUUUUCAAUUCGUCGUGCCGCGGCGCGUUACAGAGCCAUCUUAGAUUGUGCACGGCAGUGGGUACGAUAAGCGACGGGUACAUUUUGAUGUUCUAUGCACGCAAUCUCUUCUCCAUAGGCGCCCAGUUCGACUACCCUAUCGCAUGGCCACCGACCCAUGUUGCCAAUUCCCUGCAGCAGCACCUCUGCAUACCAACGGCUGCUGAGGACAAGAUCCUUCUUGCCCUGAAUCUCAUCUACAACUCCACUGGUGGCUUGGCAUGCUUCCCGUUCCAUGGUCCAGCACCUCUGCAUGCAGCUCAUAUGCAUCGUCACAGUAGAUCUGCGAUGCUGAAAAGCACCCUGCGGCGGCAAACUGGGCCAGCAUCACACUCACAGCCGCACACUGAGAGCCCUGUUGGCAUACAGGACCAGCCUUUCCAGUACGUGUGCUGUCGAGACUUUCCACAGCCGAUCGGAGGAAAGGGAAUAUUCAGUGUCCCAAGUCCGGUGAACUUCACGCGCACGGUGGAGAACUGCCAGAAGAAGUGGGGCAUCGGUCCCAGCUUGGAAAAGUGGCGGUCAUUCGUACAGGAGCCACUGCUCUCAUCGGGUUCGAAUAUUGCAUUCACCAAUGGCGGGUAUGACCCGGUGAGGGGGUUUUCCCCUGAUCAUGAUCUCAGCCCAAGUGUUGUAGUUAUGGCAGCAGAGAUGGGCCAUACUUAUGAUCUGUUUUACCCGUCCAUCUACGACCCGCAAUCCGUUGUUAGUGUGCGCGACCAUCAACUUACCCUCAUCAAGCAAUGGCUAGCUGGUAUCAACCAGCGGCAAGACCUUGGCAUCACCGCGAAGGAGUUUGGCGAGACAAUUCAAAGCCUGUGUUCUCACCAACAUUCACCGGCAAUCACUUCUGUGUAG